UCCAUCACUCGCGAACCCAAAAAUCGCCUCGGAACAGCCGCUAUUUCAUUGUGAAGAUGACCUUGGCGCUGUGCUAAGCUCUACGAGAUGAUGUUGGAUGAGAACGGAGGUGGAAUGGCCGGCAACGACCUGAGGACGCUGAUCGAGUCGCGCAUUCCUGAACAUCGGAAUCAUCUGGAGACGAGUCACGUCAACCUCGAGAAUGUCGCAGCUUAUUGUGAAGGAAAUUACCUAAAUGCUCAUGAUCGAAAUGCGGCCUUCGAAGAAACUAAACAGUUUGCUUUGCAAUCACUAGCAAGUGUGGCUUAUCAGAUAAAUACUCUUGCAAGGGAUCUGUUGGACAUGCUGGAUUUGCAAACUGACAAGAUUUCGAGCCUCACCGGGCAAGUGGACAAUAUCGACGUGGUUGUCAACAUCCAUAAGGAGAAGCUUGCUCGACGUGAAAUCGGAGCCCUCACAACGAACAAGUCAUUGCAGAAGCAACCAAAAAUCAUAGCUCCUGCAACACAGGAACCUGUCCAACGAUAUAAACGUACUCCUAUAGAUUUCUCUGUACUGGAUGGCAUUGGUCAUGGUGUACGCGUCGAGGUUCCAUAUCAAAGUCGAGCAGGCUUGAUUUCUCGCGCAGCUUCCAGCGUGUCCGGUUCUCAGCAGUAUGGUGGACAUUACGCUCAAUAUGAGCGGACAGCUAAUAUCGGAACCAAUACGCUUGGUCGCUCAUCGGUUCGCAGUGGUCACCUAUCUCUGACUCCUUCGGAUCACUACAGAGUUCCUUUGGUUAUGCCAUUGAUCGAUCACCAAAGAUAUAUCCCCUCCCAGCAACAUCAGUCUGGUAGUGAAUAUGGAAGUCAAGUAGGCUAUCGAGCCGCUGACUCUGAUGCAGCGUCCGAUUUUGGAAGAAUCAGCGUGCAGGACAGAUAUGGGACCUUACGAUUACAUCAGUCACAAGUUCCACGCGCCUCUAUGGUUGAUGGGGGAAGCGUACUUAGCGAAGAAAGGCCAGAUUCUCCAGGUUUCCCGUUACCGCCACCCCAGCUAAGCUCAAAUUAUGGAUAUAUCGGCAUGACAAGAGCUGAAGAGCUUCCUCCUCCCGCUAUGCAAAUGUUGAACUCAACCCAUGAAGAUGAACCUCUUCCGCCACCUCCACACUCACAGGCCAAUUUCUUCGACGCACAAGCUGACUGGAUUCCUCGAAAUUACAUAGAAAAAGCUGUUGCACUGUACGAUUAUGAUGCUGACAAACCGGAUGAGCUUUCACUACGGGAAAAUUGCAUCGUCUAUGUACUUCGAAAAAACGAUGAUGGAUGGUUCGAAGGAGUUUUGGAUGGAGUCACUGGACUUUUCCCUGGCAAUUAUGUUCAACCUGUUUGAUACCUUACAUAAGCUUUCAUUUAUACUGACCGCCUUUGUAUCUGAAUUUCUACUUUGUAUGCACUGAAGACUUGCAGCUAGAUGCUGCUCAUUCUUAAUGUUGAAACUUGAAGCAUCUGAUCUUCACGGGUAUCAAAGCUCGGUGGAGUUGAUUGUUCCAUGUUUUACAAAAACAUAUGCAGUGAUUAUAUUUCAUUUCACGUAAUGAACUUGAU